GAAAAAGAAAAAAGUUCCGUAGAUCAUUUAAAAAUGGGUGGAUUUGAGCACAGUGUCAGGGUAGUGUGCCAUUCAUUUUUAAUCCUGCUUUUGACUUGCUUCGGAUGUCGAGAAAAUCAUGCGCAAAACAUGUCCACCCCCGAGCCGACGUUAGGCCCAACCGUUGACCCUAAGAGCCGCGUCCGCAGCCCCAUUAGAUCUGCGAAGGAAAUUGAAGAAUCACUUAGACAUUACUCGCUUCUACCAGAUGUUAUCAGCUACGCUCCGAAGCAAAUGUUGUGGAUGGAGUUCAUAGAUGACUUUAUCGCGGAUAUUGGCAAUGAUUUAAGCGGACUAGACGUUCUGUAUCCUCCUUGGCUCAUAAAGUGGCCUUGCAAAAAUGACUCGUAUUAUGCCAUAUUAGGGACAGGUCCUGACACUCUAGUCAAUGGACUACCAAUAAAGAAAGAGUUCAUGCACUGGUUAGUGGUUAAUAUUCCAGGAAAGCAUGUUGCUGACGGCAGGGCUAUAUUGCACGGGAAGAGACUAGCAGACUACAUAGGACCCGCUCCACCAAAAGGGAAAGGGUAUCAUAGGUACGCUUUUUUUGUGUAUGAACAGACAAUGGGCAAAACAAAGUAUAAUAUUCCGAAGCUAAAUGCAACCGAAACCGACCCUCUCCGACAGUUCAAUUCUGAGGAAUUUGCCAAGAAGAUGUAUUUUGGAAAAGCGAUCGCGACGAAUUUUUUCUGUGUUGAGUGGCGAGUCAAUCCUUUAAGGCCUUUUUUAUAAUUGUUCCUCUUGAUUAAAAAAUAGACAACAGAUUUAAACCUU